CUUCUGGUCGCCAUUUUGAUUUCAAAGGAAAAAAUUUUCACCAAACAGAAGUACAGUCGAUUACUGCAAAUCAYCCGUUUGAUCAAAGAUUGUUCUAGUUCUUUAAUUGUGAGCUCUCAUAAUGGCGGAAGAGAUGAAGAAGCUAGAAGAUAGAAUCGCUGAACUUGAGAAAGCCUUAGAACUGGAAAGAAAGAAAAAGGGACCGAGACGGGAAAAAAUCACAACGAUGAGUUCUGAGGUCGUGGAUAGCAAUCCCUACAGUCGGCUGAUGGCAUUGAAAAGAAUGGGCAUUGUUGACAACUAUGAGAGUAUUCGUGGCUACACAGUUGCCAUUGUAGGCAUUGGAGGUGUUGGAAGUGUAACAGCAGAGAUGCUUACACGCUGUGGAAUUGGGAAGCUCCUGCUCUUUGAUUAUGAUAAAGUUGAACUUGCGAAUAUGAACAGAUUAUUCUUCAGGCCAGAGCAAUCAGGCAUGAGUAAAGUUGAAGCAGCUGUCAAUACCCUAAGGGAUAUCAACCCAGAUGUGACCUUUGAGGCCUACAAUUACAAUAUUACUCUAAUGGAGAAUUUUAAUCAYUUUCUGUGUAGAAUAAGCCAUGGAGGGUUUGAUGAUAAACCAGUAGACCUAGUCCUGAGCUGUGUUGAUAAUUUUGAGGCAAGAAUGGCAAUUAACACUGCUUGUAAUGAACUUGACCAGGUGUGGUUUGAGUCUGGUGUYAGUGAAAAUGCUGUUUCUGGUCACAUCCAGCUUAUCAAACCAGGAGAGCUGGCUUGUUUUGCUUGUGCCCCACCUUUGGUCGUAGCAUCAGACAUUGAUGAAAAGACUUUAAAACGGGAAGGAGUUUGUGCUGCUUCGCUUCCCACAACUAUGGGGAUUGUAGCCGGCUUUCUUGUCCAAAACUCUCUYAAGUAUUUGUUGAAAUUUGGAACUGUAUCACAUUAUCUUGGAUAUAACGCCAUGCAAGAUUUCUUCCCAACAAUGAGUAUGAAACCCAACCCAAGUUGUGACGACCGCAGUUGUCUUGCAAGACAAAAGGAUUAUCAGGAGAAAUUAGCUUCAAAGUUGCCAGAGACAACAGAACCUGCAAUAAAAGAGGAGGAAGUACUUCAUGAAAGUAAUGAAUGGGGUAUAUCGCUGGUCAGUGAGAGUAUAGGUGAUGAAGAAAACGAAGAAGUCCCGCCUAAUUUAGUAGAGGGUGUCAAAYUGGCGUAUUCAAAACCAAAAGCAGCUAGAAARAUUUCUGAAGAAAUAAGCAGCGAAGGACAGAUCUCCGCCGAUAACGACGAGAUGUCUGUAGAAGAUCUGAUGAAAAAACUCAAAGAUAUUUAAUGCAAUUCCAAUCAGAGUUAAUAAUUUWAAACUCUGUUCCGGUAAAUGUUGAUUGUUGGACAAAUUGACAAUUUUYCCAUGCAUCAUGGCAUGCAGCGCAUCAUUACUGAGUCUCGUUUUAAAUUCAUGAUGUCCUUGAUAGCAAGAAAUUAUUAGGAUAUAUAUAUKGUAUUUGUGUUCUUAUGCAGCCUUCGUCCAAGUUAACAUUGAAAUCGUUUCUACUGCCUAUCCAUUCCAUUAUAACUAUUACCCGAAGAACCAUUUCAACCCCCGCUACACACAACCUCUGUACAAGUGCAUAAAAUGUCACUUUCGAGACAGAAUGGAAUUCCGCAUGUAAGUGUGGCUGUUCAAACCAACAAAGCUUUAUCUGAAAUAGUAAUAUAGAAUAUAAAUUUUACUAAAGAAGUUUAUAGAGUGAGCCCAUCUAUUUCCAUUCCAAAGGGAGAGUGAUGUUGAGGAUAGCUAUGUUCUUAAAAAACUAAUCGAAAUUUUCCGCUGUGACGGAACUUGGAAAAAUGCCUCUUCCUUGAGGUAAUUUCUAACGAUAUUAUAUCUAAAUAUAUCUGUUUGUUCUAGUUAUUACAUGUAUAUUUAUAGAAACAAAUCGACCAGCUGAAUUUUUAGAGGAAUUAAGAUGUACUCCCAGGUUAAAGCAACAGAGUUGCUAAAUACUUCCGAAAAAUUAAGUGGCUGUGUUUUGAAUUCUAAAGAAAUAUUUAAGUUAAUGCUUAAAAAAUAUAUUAUAAAGAUAAACAUACACGUUUAAAUUAAAAAUAAAGUGAAAUUAUUGCAAUCUA